AUGAUGCAGAUUCCAACUCAAGGUGGCGGCACUGUUACUGUCCCUUAUUCUAUGAAUGCUAACGGUGAGUUUGUGUUCAGUGGAAUGCAACUCAGCCGACAAGGCUGCAGUGGUGCUCAAGUGUGCCAAGGAUUUGAUGCAGCUCAAGCUCGAACUCCGCAAGCUGUGAAGACUGGCUAUUUUGAUACGUCAAAUGUCUUUCACAAUGCUAUGAAGGGAAAGGAUGAGACUGACAAUGAUGUCUAUCGUAUUCCAUGUCCUGCUGGUACGACAGAUGUCAAACUUCAAGCCGACUGGCACUAUGCUAAGGAAGAUGAAGAUUUGCCUGAUCUUGCUACCAAAGCAGAUCGAGAUCUGCAGUUUAUUCAAAGCCGCAGAAAGCAAAGAGAUCCAUUUGGGUUGUACGAUCAUGUCAUCAUGGACAGUGGUUGUACAAACACCACCAUUUGUAAUGGUGAGCUCAUGCAUGGACUACAUCAUGCUGAGAAAGAACUUGAUAUGCACACUAACGUGGGCAGCAGAGUUCUUGACGAAAAAGGUUUUCUAGGAAGAUUUCCACCUCCGGUUUAUCACGAUGAAGAUGGAAUUGCCAAUGUACUUGCUGCGGGAUACCGCAUCACUAUGGAUACUGAUGCUGACAAUGCUUUUACUGUGCAUUGUGAUGGAAACAGAAAGAUGCAAUUUGUGAAUUAUGAUAUGCUAGAUGAUAUGGGUGUUACUAUUGACCCGACGGCAGCUGGAGACCACGAGCCUACCGCUGAGCGAAACAAUAGGACGCUGAAAGAAAGAGUCAGAGUAGCUCUUGCACGAUUACUCUACAAAGUGGUCCCAAAAGUGAUCACUGAAUGUCUUGGACGUCGAGCCGCCAAGCUAUUGAAUGUCUUUCCCCAGAAAGACAGUAUCUCAUCACAUUUCAGUCCGCAGCAACUCAUUGAUAAUGUCAAUAUCAACUACAAGAGUGACAUGGUUGCUGAACUUGGACAACAUGUUCAUGCAAUUGGGACGGAUUCCAACAAUUAG